GUUACCUGGAUGGUGACCAAUGGGAUUAGAGAUGAGGCGGGGCUUGUACAACAAGGCUUCUGAGGAGGAACUAGAAUCGCCUUGGCAGCCAAGACGUAGACAUGUGUGGAAUCUUUGCCUACCUGAACUACCACGUGCCGCGGACCCGCCGCGAGAUCCUGGAGAUCCUCCUGAAGGGGCUUCGGCGCCUGGAGUACCGAGGCUAUGACUCAGCCGGCGUGGGGAUUGAUGGUGGCAACAGCAAGGAUUGGGAGACCAAUGCCAAGUCCAUCCACCUGAUCAAGCAGCGUGGGAAGGUGAAGGCUCUGGACGAGGAGAUCCACAAGCAGGAGGAUAUGGAUCUGGAUGUGGAGUUUGAUGUCCACGUAGGAAUCGCGCACACCCGCUGGGCCACUCACGGCGUCCCCAGCCCCGUCAACAGCCACCCCCAGAGAUCCGACAAGGACAAUGAAUUUAUUGUCAUCCACAAUGGCAUUAUCACCAACUACAAAGACCUGAGGAAGUUUUUGGAGAGUAAGGGCUACGAGUUUGAAUCGGAAACGGACACAGAGACCAUUGCCAAGCUGGUCAAGUACAUGUACGACAACCGGGAGAGCGAUGACAUCAGUUUCCCCACCCUGGUGGAAAGAGUCACGCAGCAGCUGGAGGGGGCGUUCGCACUGGUCUUCAAGAGUGUCCACUUCCCCGGAGAGGCAGUGGGCACCAGGAGAGGGGGUCCCCUGCUGAUCGGUGUCCGCAGUGACCACAAGCUGUCCACUGACCACAUCCCUAUCCUCUACCGCUCAGCUGGAAAAGAUAAGAAAGGCUGCAGCACCCUGCCGCGCAUAGACAGAGACACCUGCCUCUUCCCCGUGGACGAGAAGGCAGUGGAAUAUUACUUUGCUUCGGAUGCCAGCGCGGUGAUCGAGCACACCAACCGGGUCAUCUUCCUGGAGGACGACGACGUGGCGGCAGUGACGGACGGGCGGCUCUCCAUCCACCGCAUCAAGCGCACGGCCGGGGACCACCCUGCCCGCGCCAUCCAGACCCUGCAGAUGGAGCUGCAGCAGAUCAUGAAGGGAAACUUCAGCUCCUUCAUGCAGAAGGAGAUCUUUGAGCAGCCCGAGUCUGUGGUUAACACCAUGAGAGGGCGAGUCAACUUUGAUGACAACACAGUGAUACUGGGUGGCCUGAAAGAUCACAUCAAAGAGAUCCAGAGGUGCCGCCGGCUCAUUCUCAUCGCCUGUGGGACCAGCUAUCAUGCGGGAGUGGCAACUCGCCAGGUGUUGGAGGAGCUGACGGAGCUGCCCGUCAUGGUGGAGCUGGCCAGUGACUUCCUGGACAGGAACACCCCCGUCUUCCGGGACGAUGUCUGCUUCUUCAUCAGCCAAUCAGGAGAGACGGCGGAUAGCCUGAUGGCCCUGCGCUACUGCAAAGAGCGGAGUGCCCUGACAGUGGGCAUCACCAACACUGUGGGCAGCUCCAUCUCGCGGGAGACCGACUGCGGGGUGCACAUCAACGCAGGGCCAGAGAUAGGGGUGGCCAGCACCAAGGCCUACACCAGUCAGUUUGUGGCUCUCAUCAUGUUCGCCCUGCUGAUGUGUGAUGACCGCAUCUCCAUGCAGCCCCGCCGCAGAGAGAUCAUCCAGGGCCUCCGAGUGCUGCCAGAUCUGAUCAAAGAGGUCCUGAGCCUGGACGAGGAGAUCCACAAGCUGGCCACAGAGCUGUACCAGCAGAAGAGUGUCCUCAUCAUGGGCCGAGGGUACCACUACGCCACCUGUCUGGAGGGAGCUCUGAAAAUAAAAGAGAUCACGUACAUGCACUCGGAGGGGAUUCUGGCCGGGGAGCUGAAGCAUGGGCCCCUGGCGCUGGUGGACAAGCUGAUGCCCGUCAUCAUGAUAAUCAUGAGAGACCACACCUACACCAAGUGUCAGAACGCACUGCAGCAAGUGGUGGCCAGACAGGGCCGACCCAUUGUAAUCUGUGACAAGGACGAUUAUGAGACCAUCAAGAACUCCAGCCGGACCAUCAAGGUGCCACACUGCGUGGACUGCCUCCAGGGCGUCCUCAGCGUCAUUCCCCUGCAGCUGCUGUCCUUCCACCUGGCUGUGCUACGGGGCUAUGAUGUGGACUGCCCCAGAAACCUGGCCAAGUCUGUGACUGUGGAAUGAAGCCCUCGGCCUGGAGGGACACGGCUCUACUGACACAUCGUUCACUCAAUAGCAGCUGUAAAAAUGAGAGAAAAUUCAAUCAAACAAAAACACAUUAUUUUAGAUGAGGUUUCAGAUUUUCUAUGCGUGUUGUACAGUACCACAUCCAUUUCUGUGUAAUGUAGUGCUCCCCCAGGUAGUAUACAGUAUGCAUUGAAUCUUUCCUCUUUCUUCUGCAUUGUUCUGUAAAACUGGAGAACCUUUCUGAAUCGUGAGCAUAGAAUUUAAUAUUUUUUUAUUUUAUGUCUUUAUCAGGUUUGUUGUUGUUCAGACUGGCAAGGUGUGGGACAAUUUUGUUACAGACACUUUUAGACCCGUGAAGCAGUUUGCUUUCGGUUACACUAUUCAUUUGGAGAUUGCGUUUCGUAGUUAAAUGUGUUUCUGCCUCCACUCUGUACAUGAAACAUGAAGGAAUGGGUGGGUGUUGAGCAAAUGUGAAGGAAUGUACUAUGAAUCAAUGUAUGUAGGCAUCUACCCUGGCCUGUUUUAAAACAGAGUACCCCAGUCUGAGCCAAGGGGAGUCCUGAAGCAAGCGUUUCCUGGGGUGGGCUGGGCUCUGAGGCUGUCAGGGCUAUAGGCUUUCAAUUGGUAAAGGCGUCUUCGCCCUGAAAGCAGACCAAGGAUUCAGAUUUUAGUGUGUUCUGGGUAGGAUCCAUUAGCAUAAGAAUUUAAUCAAAGUUAUGGAGCUGUUAGGACCUUCACAGUGUAUUGAUCCAAGCACUUCAUGCCAAUUCCCAAUGGAUCCUAAUGAUCUCCUGCCCAGUUACAGUUUUGUCACUUAUUCCACUACUCUGUGUAAAGAAGUGCCUCCUGUCUUCAAUUUCAAAUCCACUUCCAUAAAUUACUGUAGUUCUUGCUGAAGGUUGUCUUUGCCAGCCCUCUAAGAAGAGCUUGACUCGCAUGUCACAGGCUCCUUUUCUCCGCAAGAGUGAACUGUUAUCUUGUUUGUACCUUUCAAAAACGUGAACAAUCGGGUCCGUUCUCCAUCCACACGAAGAAAUCUGUAAGCCCAUGCAUCAUGCGGGUUGUUAUUUUGUACACCAAAGGGGGAAAUAAUCAUCCUUAAUUAUCUUUCCUUAUUAAACCUCCCAAAGCUGACUAUAUGAUAAAACCCAGAACACAGCUAAAGGAGAGAGGGAACAAACUCUUUCCUUUGGACACAAACCGCGAAUAUUUUUUCCUCCCUCGUGUCUGCAUGUUGGUGUUCACGUUUAACGAUCCAGAUGUAAAUGAAAACAUGCAAUGAAUAUGUGGGUGUAUAAAAGCUAAAGUGAAUACUUUUGUUUUCCUUUGGAUGUUACUUAUGAAGAUUUGGGGUUUAUUUGGAAUUGCAAAAAGCUAAUUUUGCACCAGAGCCAAAACAUUUUGCAAGUCAAAUCAUUCCCUUCAGUGCGCUCUGUGUGGCAUUUGUAUGUUCUCCCAGUAUUUCUGUGGGUUUCCUCCAGGUGAUCUGGUUUCCUCCCACAGUCCAAAGAUAUGCUGGUAGGUUCUGGAAGACAUUGGCCCUGGUUUCAAUAUGUGCAUGUUUGGUAAAUUGCUCGCCUGUCAGGCAUGGGUUUAGAUUUUAUUUAAUUUGCUGUGACCCAGCUUAGUUAGCUGAGUAAGAAGCAUACUUAUACCAGCAUCGUCAGAAGGCUAGAAUAGGAAACUCAAGGGCAAAGUCCCGGUAGGUCUUACUUACUGGUUUCUGUAGCGUCCUUCAGGCUGCAUGUAGGAGCUCAGGAGCUCAGGGCCUGGUAAUGAUUCUGAUCAGGAUGCACUGGGAGCAGUUGCUGUGAGUGAUCUGCCAAGAUUAUUUUGCACUGAUAUUUAGUACAGACUUGAGUAUAACAACAAGACCACCCCCUUUCUGAGAUGUCACAGUCUUGACACUGUUUUUCCACCUUGACACUCAGAAGGCUUCCUCAUCGGAGUCUCUGGUUUUCUCUGGAAGUAGAAAUGAAGGAAGAGGGGCUGUCACAAAGCCUGCCCACACCUUGCCGCCCUGUGUGAGAUUUUAAUGUAGUUGUUGGACCAAAUCCCUGUCGCAGAGUUCCUGAUCUUUGUGACACCCCUCCCCCAUUGCCCAAUUUUCACCCUCCCUUUCAGUGACUCGAAUCGUUUGCUGGUUAGGUUCGCAUGCAGGAGCGCUUGGAGUGGGGGUACACAUUUUAACAGUCUCCUUAACUCACGGGAUCUUAAAGACAAUUUAAAUUAGGCGCUGGGGGAGAAAAAAGACAAUUGGAUGGUACGUGUCAAGUUUUGCUAAUGCAAUUGCUAACGAGGCAUGUUCUCUUUGUUACUUUAUGUGAAUGUUACCUAGUUCUGUAGACACAAGCAGGGUUCUACACGGGCUUGUCAGCCAAUUCAGGUGCAGCACAAUGAAAACCUGUAUUAGGAUCAUCAGAACGUGGCCCAUGCAGAUUCAUUUUGUGGGUGGUUACGUUUCAUUCAUGGACGUUUGUGUCCCGUACGAAACAAAAUAAUGAAACGAUAUGCACUAUCAGUGUGUAUUUAUUGCUUACUUACUUGCCUUUUAAGCAGCAGUCAGCCAUCAUGAGGCAGCCUGUUUUAUUUCUCUCAUUUAGUGAUGCCGGUGGGUAGCAAAAGGAGUUGGAAUGAAACUGGAGAAUCAGUUCAUAUUAACGCACUUGCUCAUGCAACGUGUGCAAUUGAACUCAACUUUAAUAUUCUUUUUUCCAUUAUGGUCUCAUUAAGAAAAUGCCUCUACUUCAAUUCUGUCCAAAGGCAAGCAGAUCAGCAGACAAUCAAAACUGGAAAUAAAGGGUCUUAGAGAUCUGACUGUGCUAUUUCUCUCAGUUGAACUUUGCCUGCACAUCCUACCUGAAUUGCAUGUGUUGGACCAGUGUAGAAGUCUGCAUGCUGCUCUGAAGCUGGCAUUGGGGGGGUUUGGCUAGAUCUUAAAUGCUGUAUAGAGGACACUAAUUAUGCGUAGAACUGGACAUAACAAAGGAGUUUUCUUAACCAAAGCUUUUGAAUGCUGGUCUGUAUCUUACGAAAUGGACACGAAAGCCUUGUAGUACAUCGAGAUGGAUGCAGCCUGUUUUGUUUUCACUGGCUGUUUUUAAAUAGAUCAUAAUUCCAUGUUUAGAAAUGUGUUUUCUCCUUUCCAAACUUAUGUAUGUAUGCUGUCCUGACAAAAUACAGUUCCUUGUAACUACUAAUAGUGGCUUGGGUUGUGUCUUGUGGUUCACCCCUCAGAGACGAAUGUCUAUUCAAUUGUGACAAGGGAAGUGGUGUUAUUUAUGGUGAGGGUUGAAUUCAAUAAAACUGUUGAAUUUC